AUGGCCAUUUCGCAAAAGCCCACGUGGCUUCACAGUGCCCUGUCUCUCGUCCCAGGCCGCUCAAAUCGUUUCCUUCGGAUAUUGAUUGCGAUUGGUGUUGUGAUGCUCAUUAUCAAAUACUCUUCGCUUGACCUGCCCUUCUACCAAAGCAGCCUUCACAAGUUCAGUAUUCAGUCUAGAACACUUGCAAGGGCGGGAAACAGUACCCUGGGUUUCUCAUCCAUUGAGUUCAUCAACUUGAAACACCGCUUCGACCGCUUAGAUGCUGCGACUCUGCAGGCGUACUUGUCCGGUCUGGACAUAAGUGAAGCAGCUGGCGUCCAGUCGGACGAUAUCCACGAUGCCGGCAUGCCACCAACCCAUCGGAUAGGUGUUAUACGAGAUGGAGAAAAGGGUUGUUGGCGAGCUCAUGCCAAUAUAUGGUCCCGAAUGCUUCGUGACAAGUCUCCUGCCGUCCUCAUUAUCGAAUCCGAUGCGGCUUGGGAUAUUAAUAUCCGUGACAUCAUGUCCACCCUGAACCCACACUUUACUGACCUGCUCGGUCGGCUGGGCUCUAAGCCGAUUCCUGACGCGGCAUGGAAUGCAGGGCGCUCUCAUAACACGUCUCACGAUUCCCUACAGCUCAAUCCCAAUGAUCCUUGGCAUAGUAGGCACUGGGAUAUGCUAUCUUUCGGACAAUGCUUCGAAUCUUCUGUAAAUAGUGACGUCAGCCUGUCCUAUCCAGACAAGCACGUGACUGAAGGAAAGGACUACUUUGGCCAGACAUUGGGCCACGACAGAGUCGUACGGCUAUCUGGUGGUAUUGUAUGCACUACCGCAUACGCGGUGAGCCGGACUGGUGCUGCGAAACUCCUCCUUCGCUCCUCUGUUGACCUGGACAACCCUGUCGACUUGUUGAUGCGCCGGAUGACCUUGUCUGGCGACUUGAUAGUUUACAGUGUCAUGCCCACCGUCUUUGCGCAGUGGGAGUAUGUUGAAAAGAUUGGCAUGACGGAGCGCGGUGCGAAUAGUGACAUUAACAGUGCGAAGAGUGAUGCGGAGAUUGACAUGACUGGGUGGGCAGACGUCGAAAAGACGGGCAGCGUGUGGCAGGACAAGCAAGUCCAUCCGGACAUUGCGUUUGAAAACAUGGCGCUUGAGAAAGCGUGGAGCCUGAUUCUGCCAAAUGCGAGCUUGGCAGAGUCACAAUAUCAUGAAGACGAGGGCAAUUAG